UCAGCAUGUUUUUUCUGUGGUCUUUCAAAAAAAAAAAAAAAAGUCACAGCUCUCCAUCUUCUCCCUCUUUACUUUCUGACUGAGUGGAAGUACAUCCUUCUCCUCCUCCUCCUCUUCCUCCUCCUCCUCCUCCUCCUCCUCCUCCUCCUCCUCCACACCUCUACUAUCAGCAGCUGCACCAAAGCCCUCUGUGAUGUGAAGUGAGACACUUGCAUACUAAUGGAGCAGGAAAAGGAUGUCUCUCAGGCAGGCCAGCACAGUGAGGACAUGUCGAAAACAUCAGGCACCCCUACUCCAGCACUGCAUUAUAAUUCUCGAUUGAAACUAUUGUCUAGGGAGAAAUUAGAAGUUUUUGUGUAGAGAUUUGUUAAUAUAUUCCUGCAAUAUGGGGUAGCACCAAUGAGAAAAUAGUCAGACAUAUGCGCACGUGUUCGGCACAGGGCUGUGCUUACUCGUCAUGGUGCUAGCACAACAUUUUCAUGUACAUAUGGUCCGUUGUUUUAUUAAAUGGGUUCACGUCAAAGUCAGUGUCUCACACCAGCGGCAGUCCUUGCUGGUGUAUUCUUCUAGCUGCCUGAUGGCACUAAUAGCUCUCUUCUCAUGUCUUCUCAUUUAGUUAUGAAACCGAAAUGCUGGUGGCAUAGCCGUUGCCAUGGUGAUGGCAUGUCUCUGAGCCUGUUCUGUGGCUGCUGAUUCAGAAACACUGCUUACAUUUUGCGCCCAGCCAAGAGGGCCCCGGGAAUAGAUGGGCAAAAAAAAAAAAAAAGAAAAAGAUAUGGCUUCCUAUGAAAAAUCAUACAACCUGCUUUCAGGUGAGGCUCCUCCUGGCUGUGCCACCAGAAUACCAUGAAGUGCAGCAUUAGCAGUGUUGCAUGUAGACACUUAAAAUCUGUAAAAUCAGAUUAGUUCCUAUUCUAAAAGAUUGUGUGUAAUAUAGUUGUGGAGUCAUUUUUAACUUCCCAUUUAAAGACAUACAAAGACGUGUACAGAAAAGAAAUGAUCCGGUGCCUGACUGCAGGUCUGUGAUCCUUCAGUGGCUCUGAUUGUCUUGCUCACCAGAGGACCUGUCUUAUAAACACAGUUAUGAGGUCAUUGCAUACAGCAGAUAAACCUAAUUAUCUCCCACGAUUACAUCUUGGUGUCUUGCAAGAAAACACAUGGCCACUGAUCCUCAGAAAGUCUAUGUGAAGCAAACAUCAGUCAGUGAAGAUAGACUAUAUUGUAAUUGCAGAUGGAUGUGAGAGAGUUUUAUGUAUACUUAGUUUAAAACCUCAUAAGGAUUGGGUGUGCAGAGAGUGUAAAUCCCUUCCCUCCCUCCCUGCCAGAGGCUUGCGUUCAAACAGUCAGCUGGAUAAUGCCAGGCUGUUGAAGGAUUUUUCUGCUUCCUUCCAGUAGCCUGCAUGGAUGUCAAAAUCAGUGAGUCAAAUAAGAGUGAGCAGGGAUGAGCGGAGGGGGGGGUUGUAUAUUUUGUACAGUGUACAGUACAGUGGAGACGGGUGCAGUGUAAGAACCCGCGUAAGCAUGCAUUUUUAAUUAUGGUCCGUGCAGUAUUUUUUAUUUAUUUUUUUUUCUCCCUGCAAACCCCAGCCAAGAGAUUAGCAAUAGAUUUUCAGGAUACAGGUGCUCGUACACAACUGAUCUGGCCCAGUUUUGGCAGUCAGAGCAUUAAUCUCAUACCUAAUCACAUCACAUCCCCGAUGGGGUGAUUUUCAUAAAGAUGUUGUCCCAACAAGCCGCAUUUCAUCAUGGGAUCGUGUUCUCAGACUGAGGUGUUAGGACACAACAAUAAACCAGACUUUCCAUUGUUCCCCAAGAAGUGCAUGUCAUUCAAUGCAGAUGCCGUAAUGUGAGAAAGUAAUUAGGAAGUUGUGUGAAAGGGCUGUUUAUUAGAUGAAAACAAUAAAAAUAGCGAUGAUCACACAUUGUAGAACGUUAUAUAUACAACUGGUAGAGUGUGAACUAAAAGUCAUAUUUCUUAGAUACAAUGAGGAAACUAUGUGUGAUUGUCCAGGUUUAAGCUGUAGAGGAGUGUAUCCAUCAGAUCAGCACCGGACUAGAAGAACUUAACAUUACGAACAGGUGGAAGCCACUCCAACCACUCCAGUGGAGCUGGUCUAUGGCCAACAAUGGGUAUACUCUAUCUUUGGGUAUACUCAGGAGUGUGUCAAAACCUCAAGGUGUGGAAGUGACGUUUGGACCGGAUGUCUAUCUGCCCUGCUGCUUUCAAAUAUUUUCCUCUGCUCUAGAAAUCCCCUUUCUGGACCUACGACAGCUGGGUGGCCACGAAGGUGACUAAUGUUCAUGAACACUCCCUUCAAACGCCUCUUCCAGACACUGCCUCUCAUUUAAGCCUUUGGUGAGCAGAGAGAGCAGACAAUAUGACGCUCAGCUCUCAGCCUUGGCCUCCUCUAAUGUGGCUGGGCAUUGGAUCACUCCUCUCAUUUCUGUCCCCUGUAUAUGGCAAAGAAUGUCCUCGUUUGUGUGUAUGUGAAAUCCGCCCGUGGUUCACCCCCCAGUCGACCUACAAGGAAGCGACAACAGUGGAUUGCAAUGACCUGAGGUUGACCAACAUCCCUACAAACCUGUCGGCAGAUACCCAGGUGUUACUCCUCCAAAGCAAUGCCAUCUCUCGCACCAGGGGGGAGCUGGAGGUACUGUUCAACUUGACAGAGCUGGACCUAUCCCAGAACAACUUCAGCACUGUGGAAGCUGUUGGCCUCAAAGGUAUGAAUCACUUGACCACUCUGCAUCUAGAGGAGAACCAGAUAACUCGGCUGCCAGACCACUGCCUGGGAAACCUCUCCAAUCUCCAGGAGCUAUACAUCAACCAUAACCAGAUAAGCUCCAUAUCUCCACGAGCAUUUGCAGGCCUGCAUAGCCUGCUGCGCCUGCACCUCAACUCCAACAGGCUCCAAGUCAUAGAUAGCCGCUGGUUUGAAGAAACACCUAACCUUGAGAUCCUCAUGAUUGGAGAGAAUCCAGUUAUUGGCCUCCUAGACAUGAACUUUAAGCCUCUGGGAAGCCUGAGGAGUUUGGUUCUGGCUGGCAUGGAUCUCACUGAUGUUCCACCGAAUGCAUUUGUUGGCUUAGAUAAUCUGGAGAGCAUUUCUUUCUAUGACAACAAACUAGUCAGAAUCCCUCAACUGUCUCUUCAGAAAGUUCCUAAUCUGAAAUUCUUGGAUUUGAACAAGAAUCCAGUUCUCAAAAUUCAGGAAGGAGACUUCAGAAACAUGUUACGUCUGAAGGAGCUGGGAAUCAACAACAUGAUGGAGUUGGUGUCGAUUGACCGCUAUGCUCUCGACAACUUACCAGAACUGACAAAACUGGAAGCCACCAAUAACCCUAAACUAUCUUAUGUUCACAGGUUGGCAUUCAGAGACAUGCCCUCUCUGGAGAGCCUGAUGCUCAAUAAUAAUGCUCUCACUGCUCUGUACCAGCAUACGGUGGAGGUGUUGCCUAAUCUGCGAGAGAUCAGUCUUCACAGCAACCCACUGCGCUGUGAUUGUGUCAUUCAGUGGAUGAGUUCCAACCGGACCACAGUGCGCUUCAUGGAGCCCUUGGCCAUGCUGUGCACCUCCCCUCCAGAACUUAGAGGCCAGCGAGUCAGAGAGCUAAGGCUGCUGGAGUCCUUAGAGCAGUGUCUUCCCCUUAUAUCCCACGACACCUUCCCUAGCCACUUAAGCCUUGAGCUGGGCAUGAGUGUCAGCUUGGAUUGUCGAGCAAUGGCUGAGCCAGAGCCUGAAAUCUACUGGGUGACUCCUCUCGGGACCAAAAUCACAAUUGACACAGAGUCGGAGCGGUACCAUUUGAGCAGUGAAGGAACUUUGCGGCUUUCCCAUGUGCAGGUGGAAGAUUCUGGUCGGUAUACCUGUGUUGCCCAGAACACAGAAGGAGCUGACACAUGGGUUGCCACCAUUCGUGUAAAUGGGACUCUGCUUGACAGUGCUCAGGUGAUGAAAAUCUAUGUCAAACAGAUCGAGUCCCACUCCAUCUUGGUCUCCUGGAAAGUGAACUCUAAUGUCAUGUCCUCCAACCUGAAAUGGGCCUCAGCCACCAUGAAAAUUGACAACCCACACAUCACCUACACUGCUCGUGUACCCGUAGACGUUCAUGAGUACAACCUCACACACCUUCAACCAGCCACUGAGUAUGAGGUGUGCCUCACUGUCUCCAACAUCCACUUGCAGACGCACAAGUCUUGCGUUAAUGUGACAACACAUAGCGCUACUUUCACUCUGGAUCUGUCAGACCAGCACCCGAGUGCAGCUGUGCUGGUUGUCAUGUCAACCAUGCUGGCCUUCCUCAGUCUGGUCACUGUGGGUGUCUACAUGGCUCGCAGAUGGAAACGAAAGAACUACCAUCACUCCUUGAAGAAGUACAUGCUGAAGACCUCAUCCAUCCCACUUAAUGAGCUCUACCCUCCUCUCAUUAACCUAUGGGAGGCAGAUGGUGAGAAGGACAAAGAUGGCAGCGCAGAGGGAAAACCCUCUCCAGUUGACACCACACGUAGUUAUUACAUGUGGUGAGGAUUUACCAUGGAGGCUUGAAUGCCUCUCCAGGAGCACAAAAAGACACACUUUUGCUAUUUUGGUGCAAAGGUCGAUAAAGUUGCAAAUGUUUUUUUGUAUUCUCAGCUUUGCUAAUAAAGGGGCAGAGUGAUCAAGUGCAGGAUUUUUAUUAGUAUAGCGUAUCGCCUUUGUUUGAUUCUUUCUAUCUCUUGAUUGUUCUGGACUCUCCAAGAUGGCAGCUGUAUUUAGCCUUCAGGUUGUCUUAGUCGCUCUGCUCUGUUUCUGUGGUGCAUUUUUGACUCAUUUUUAUUUGGGUUAAUUAUAUAGCAGCAGGGGUGGAGGGUCUUCUUGCCGCAGUAGUAGAAAUCAAUGUUUCUUUCUCUGUUUUGUAAAACAGUUAAUCUGUUGUGCACUUAUAGAUGAAGGCGUUUUUACAAACUAUAAUUAAAAGCUGACAGCAGGAUUUAGACUUGUUAUACUGUCUACUGGAUGUUAGCAAUUGUGCAGUAAUGUUGUAUCAACUAUACCUUUGAACUUUCUGAUUUCCAAGAGAAUAGGAUCUUAGUUUGAUGAUAAAUGUGCUGUUAAAUGCUAGAGAUACUAAUGUUUGUUAAAACAUUUUAAGUUUUUCUUUUCAUUAUUAUUAUUAUUAUAAUAAUUUUUCACUGAGCUCCAUUAGAACGCUUAUAACUCCCUCCCAAUUAAGUCAUUUAUUUUGCUGGAUUUUUUCUCUAAAUGCUUAGUUUAUUAUUUUUACAUGCAGUAUGUACUGAAGAAUUCAAAAUAAAUACAAUUUUGGUUCUUUUGCAGA